AUGGUGAGCUUGUUCGACGGUAAAUCUUCUAAUUUGGAAUUAAAAUCAUUUGAAUAUUGUUGUAAACGAUAUAUUAGUUGGGCAGAAUUAGCUCAAAAUAAACGUAUAUUAUCUCAUCACAAUAAGAAUUAUUCAUUAUCCUCGUCAACCAUGUUAAACUUAAAUUGUAAAUUUUUACCUCUAUGUUGUCAAUCAGUGUCAAAUAUUGAUCUCAUCAAAAAACAACAAAAAAUAUCGAACAAUUAUUUUGAUCUUUAUGAAUUUUACAAAAAUAGUUUUCAUCCAAAUAGUAGUGUAGUAUCAAUUGUGAAUAAUGCAAAAUGUGCGUCAUGUGAAUUAUUCAAACAUAUAUCAUUUUUUACCAAUGAUCAUGUUGAAAAUAACAACGAGACUUAUACAAUAUGGAAUCAGUUCAUUCUAAAACCGAAAUCGAUGCUUUUCAAAUCAGCCAUGGCUCAAAAUAAUAACUGUGCUCAUAACUCAACAAUAACUCAACAGUUUCCAACAUUAGUGACAGCCAAAGAGAAUAAUCAAGGAGAACAGAAUGAAGAAGCGAAUGUUGAUAUUGAAUCUUUUAUGAGUUUUACAGAGCGUGCAGACGAUACUGAACGUUUUGUAAAACGUAUAGAAAGUUGUUUAGAUGUUGAUGAACUAACAAAACAAAAUUUUCGAUUAGUUCGUUGUGAACUUAGUCUAGCGUUACGAGCUAAUUUGCAAAUGCCACUAAUUUAA